AAUUUCAUUUAUUUAGAAAGUAUUACUAUUAAUUAAGCCUAAUCAAUAUGAGAACAUAAAUUAAGUAAAAUAAAUACAACCCUUGUGAGUGUGUUCAAAUUGAUAAUCAAAAGCAAAAGUCAGCUGUCUAGAAAACACGCUUGGCUCCUCUUGGACAUCAGCAGCUAAAAGCGAAACUAGUAAUUCACCGGAUUUUAGUAAACGUAAAGUAAAUCUUUGACAUUUUAUAAUUAAUCGAUUGGGAUUAUAUAUGGAAUAAAAAGAAAGUAUUUGGGAAAUAUAUUCUUAAUAACGCUAACUCCAAUGUCUAUUUUUCCUGCAUAUACGGACGGAGAGGGAGCACUCCAUAAUGACACAGAAUCAGAAAGCAAUCCAACCAAUUCGUCCAGUUGGUUAAAAAACAGUAGUUUUCCUUUGGAAAACGAUCACAUUAAAAGUUUGGAAAAGGUGAAAUUCUCAGAUUCAAGUAGUUCACUGGGCGAAAGUGAGAUCGAAUUUACACAAUCACAAUCAAAAAAACACAAAAAAAGUACGCAUAAGAAAAAGAGUAAGAGAAAAAAACAUGAAACUGAUUGCAAUACUCGGAUAAUGCCUGUACUGGAGUUCAAUGGCACCGAAGGAUAUUAUAUAGAUAAAUCUAAGGUUCAACAAUAUCUAACCGUACGCACUUUACAUAAACCUGCUUGCCCUCGUUAUCGCUCUUCCUCAGUCUAUAUCUUAGGAAAAGGUUGGUCUUACGGAUCAAAAGUGAAAGAUACAAUUCUGAAAUCUAAAAAGCGAUAUUUUCGGAAUAAAUGUCAAAUUAUAAAUGAACCAGUUUGUAAUGCUACACAAAUCGCUUUGGAUGAAAAUGAAUAUUCAUCAAGGUUGGGACAACUGAAUCGAAAAAUAUUGCAACCAAGCUCUGAUCUACAAGUAUGGUUGGAACUAUUAUCUUUACAAGAACAAAACCCCUACAAAUGGCCACGCCUUUUAUUAGCGGAAAAAAAGCUGGAUAUCAUCAAUCGCGCAUUAAUCAAUUUGCCACGAAAUGAGCAGUUGUAUAGAAUUUAUAUUGAUAUUAUAUUCGCCACAUAUCCCUCCUUCGAAGUGACGAAAAUGUUAGAUCGUUUGCUAAUUAAAGAUCCCUAUAAUUACACAUUAUGGACAGCGCAAAUAAUGACAACUCAGGGUUCAAUGGCUCGAUGUAUUGUACCUGAUGUAUUACGUAUUUAUGAACGUUGCAUGCGUAAAAUGCAUCGCUCUCAACGAAUGAACACCUCUAUAGCGACAACUACCUCCAACACAGACGACAUAAUGAUACGAUUAUUCAACAAUUGCGCACUUUUUCUCCGUCAAGCAGGAUUAAAUGAACAAUUCAUUGCAUUAAUAAAACUUGCUCUUGAGUUAAAUAUAACAGCUGAGACUUUUAAGUCGUUUACUCCUCUUGAAUCUGAUCAAAACAGUCUUAUUGAAUUCGAAGAAUUGGUUCUACAAUCUGGACUUCCAAUGAAUGAGAUAUGGCUCCGCAUAGAAAAACUACGGCAAGGAUUUAAUUUUUUGCCAUGUCCAGAAAAAAUUGCAUGCAAUGAUCCACAACGCAUUGUGUUUAAUGAGGAUAUAUGUCACUACAUAUAUCCAAUGGAAUCACGAGAAAAUUCAUUUUACUUAGUAUUAUUGAUUUUAAAAUUGCUAAAAGUGCCGUUUAUUCAAUGUGACGGGUUGGCAGAAAAAUUUAGCGCUCAUUUAGAACUUAUGGGUGAUUCAGAUGCAAUUGAGGAAAUUUUAGCAAUAUGUUUGCAGAGCAAUUUUGCAAUUUCUCAAAAUAAUCAAAGAGAAUUUCAUAGGGCCCUUUGUACUCUAGCGAAGGAAAUGACCGUAAGUCCUACUUUCUUGAGUAACACCAUUGGCCAUGAUAUAUACGUGCGUUGUGUAACAGGCCUUUUACUUGAUUGCGCUGCCGCAUAUACAAAUAUUGAUAAAAGGAAACAUGAGCUAUUAACUGUACUAUGGUGUCGUUUCGAACGAUUGAUGUUGAUUUUUGAUCGGUAUAAUACAAAAACGCACAGUGAAUAUGUUAAAUCUGGACGUAAACGUUUUAAAAACUUACUUAAACAAUCACCAAACCGAAAUGUACUUAUUUACUAUACUGAAUUCGCUAUAUAUGAAUUUGAAUCGUUGAACGAUCUAAAAGAUGUUCAAUCAGUGGAAAAUAUAUUUGAAAACCUCAUUGCAUCUCAUUCCGCAGACGAAACUCAAGCAUCUGAUUUAUGCUAUACCUAUGUAACCUUUGCAGAAAUUCUUAUUGGGUGUGGUAAGGAAGAGAAAGCCUUACAUGUACUAGUAUCGUUUGCCUUUAACAGUCAAAUUCAAAAUAACUCAAAAGUGGGUACUGCUAGAGUACUUGCGGCAUUACAACAGAUCACCGAAAAGUUGGAACGCCAGAUUUCCAUUGAAAAGAGUGUUGAAGUUAUGGUACUUGAGCAAUAUUUGUUGCCCGAUUACACUGUGUCAUUGCUAAAAGUGCGAGUGCUAAUCCAGUGUCUUAUUGGGCAAAAAAUUGAUGCAAUUUCAUAUCUGGAUAAACUGAUGAAUAUUUUCCUAAGUUGCAACGACAGACAUAGUUUCCUGCGAGAACGCAUCACUGAAAUAUAUGUGAGCGCGCUACAAAUGACAUGUCAAAAUUGUAAAGUGCCAAGUGCCUUGAUUCGGGAUAAAAUUAUUAAUGGAAUCACUAAAUAUCCACGGAACUUAUUCCUUCUCCAAAAUUGCGGAAUGUUAAACUCCGAACCUUGGUUUCGAAUACGCAGAGCACUACUACAUCCCAAGCCAACGAUAUUGUCAGUUAUAUUUUUAAUUAUCUUAGCUCGUAAUAGAUAUUUGCAAAUGAGUUAUGAAAACGAAUUUGAUAAGCAAUACAAUGAGUUAAUCAUUCGUAAUCGCAUUCUUCAUAUGUUCAAAACAGUAUCUAAUGACCAUCUAAAUCCAAUGUCAAAAGGAAAUGCAUUGUCAAGGAAUGCAUUAUUUUGGAGAUUAUAUCUUCGUUUCUUAUCAGAUCAGUCUACUGAUUUUGAAACAAGCAAAAAGUGUCUUUUAACUGCUUUGGAUGAAUGUCCCUGGAAUAAGGCUCUAUAUUUGGAUGGAGCAACAUAUGUGCCGCAAGAGUUAUCACAUCUGCAAGAUUUAAUUAUUGAAAAGCAAUUACGGAUUUACGCGCUUCCUGAAGAGCUAGAAAUUUUACGUGAUCAAUGAACAUACAUACAUAUGUAUUCAUAAUAAACUCAAAUGAUUUAAUUAACAAGCCGAAAACGUUUCAUUUAGAUGAUCAACUGAUUAGAGCGUCCACCGAAA